UGAACUAAACAUGGAAAGUAGGCCUAGGUCUAGUUAUUGAGAGAACCGUGUGAAGGGAGAGAAGUUUGUUUUGUUUAGUCCACUGAUUGAGUUGUCAUAAGUUAUUGCAAUGUUUAAGCUUGUGUGAUAGACAUUUUGUUUCAGUGAAUUUGUUUCGUUUCUAAACGUACAAUUCAAGCUGGAAGCUAUUUGAGAAUACUGAUAUAACUCAAAAUACAACAUGAUGAUGAUGAAUCCAAAUCCUUUGCCUGCAGUUCCUGCUGGAAUUCAAAGCACUGCUGGAGCUGUUCCAGUGAAAAAUGACAAAGGUGAAUUGUCUAUGCAGAAAGUAAAAGUCCAUCGUUAUGUAUCCGGUAAACGGCCAGAGUAUGCCCCAGUCUCUAGCAGUGAGGAAGAAUCAGAGGAAGAAGAUUUUGUUGAAAAGAGAGUAAUUGCAGCAUCUGCAGGAAUUACUACAGCAACUUCUAGGAGUAAACCUCUGAGUGAAGAUGAAGAAGAUGAUGACGAAACCCAUGUUGAUGAUCCUCGACUUCGACGACUUAAGGGUAGACGAUUUGAAGACAGCCGAGUUGAAAGUGAUGAAGAAACAAAAAUUGAAAGACACAGACACAUUCAUGAACCAGAAAUUUUAGAUGAGGAUGAAUCAGAUGAUGAGAGAGCAAGAAGAAGAAGGGGUGAAAGCAGUGAGGAAGAAGAAGAGGAAGAUGAGCUAAGUGAUGAAGAAAUAGAAAGAAGAAGGUUAAUGCUCAGACAGAAAGUCUUGGAACGUAAAGAUGACCAAGAAGUGGAAAUAUUAGACAAGGAGGAUGAGGGCCACACUCCUGAGGAAAGUGCUGAGGAGUCAUCAGAGUAUGAGGAGUAUUCAGAUUCUGAAGAAGAAACGGGACCCAGAUUGAAACCAGUGUUUGUACGUAAAAAAGAUCGUGUAACAGUUAUUGAAAAGGAGAAGGAAAAAGAGAAACAAAAACUAAUAGAAAUAGAAGCAAAAAAAAUGGCUGAAGAAAGAAGACGGUACACCUUAAAAAUGGUUGAGGAAGAAAUUCGUAAAGAUUCAGCAAAACCAAAAGGUUUAAAUGAUGAACCUGCAUUAAAUGAUGUAAAUACAGAUGACGAAAAUGAUGAAGUUGAAUAUGAAGCUUGGAAACUUCGUGAAUUAAAAAGAAUAAAAAGAGAUAGAGAAGAAAGAGAAGCACUUGAGCAAGAGCGACUUGAGAUUGAACGAAUGCGGAACAUGUCAGAAGAGGACCGUAGACAAGAGUUGCGCAACAAUCAAAAAAUUAUCACCAACAAAGCCACGAAAGGCAAAUACAAAUUCAUGCAGAAGUAUUAUCACAGAGGAGCUUUCUUUCUGGAUAAUGAAAAUGAAAUCUUCAAGAGGGAUUUCUCUGCUGCUACAUUGGAGGAUCACUUUGACAAAACUAUUCUUCCUAAAGUCAUGCAGGUUAAGAACUUUGGCCGAAGUGGCCGCACCAAGUACACUCACCUGGUGGAUCAGGACACAACACACUUCGAGUCACCUUGGGUGUCUGAAACGGCUCAGAACCUCAAGUUUCACCACAAUCAGGCAGCUGGCAUGAAGCAGCUCUUUGAGAAGCCCAGUGUUUACAAGAGAAAACAAACUUAGAUUUUUAACUUGUAUGACUUUUGUAUAUAACAGUAUAAUAUAAAAAAAUAUUAAAUUAAACAUUCUUAUGACUAGUA